GCUCGUUAGAGGAGCUGUCCUCUUCUCAGAAAUAUCUCUAUACAAGGGAGGGCAUUAUAUAUACAUCGAAAAAGGAAGAGAAGAGGCCACAGCCCCUAAAAUAAAGGUAGAGAAAAUGGCAAGCAAGGGGAUGGUGUUGUUAAUGGCGUCGGCCAUAUGCGUGUCGUAUGUGGUUGGCUUUGCCGCCGCUGACGCCGACGAUUUGGAUCGUUUCCAGAUUCAGGGAUCCGUCUACUGUGACACCUGCCGUGUCCAGUUCAUCACCCGUCUCAGCAAGUUCCUCCAAGGGGCGAAAGUGAGAUUGGAGUGCAAGAACAGGGUGACCGGAGCCCUGACGGUGUCAAAAGAGGCCGUGACGGACGACACGGGAAGCUUCCUGAUGCAAGUGACGGGAGACCACGAAGAAGAGGUCUGCGAGAUCAUGCUCGUGGAAUCUCCGGACCAAGAGUGCAGCGAUGUGAGCAAAGACGCAUACCUCCGUAACGCCGCUAAGGUGAGUCUAACGGCGAAUGACGGAAUCGUCUCCAACGAGACUCGUAUCGUCAACCCUCUCGGCUUCAUGGUCAAGACGCCGUCGGCUGACUGCCCCGCCGCCUUCCAGGAGCUCGGAAUCACACCCGACGUUAUCUUCUGAAACGACCACGUUUUAUCCGUUUGACGAUUAUUCAAACAACAUUCGACACGAUGCUAAUUUGACGUAAUUUCUAAUUUUCAUUUUUGUAACAUUUUCCAAAAUUCUUGUGGUACUUUUGCUUGAACACCCUAGUGAAUACUUUCCUGAAGAGAGAAAAAAAAGUGAUUGGAUUGCCACGAGGA